AAAAAGAAAAAAAAAGAAAGAAAAGAAAUUGAGUUAGGGAUAGAUACUCGACACUAGCUCAAGGGAAAACCCUGCUAUAGGUCGGUUAUUCAUACUCCAGAGCCUCCCAGCCGUCCACAGUACUCGCGGCAGACGUCAGUUCCCCAUCGAACCCAAUCCUACCAUCAUCAUCCACGCGUCGCAGGCCCUUUCUUAGGACACUUCUACUCAUCUAGUCGCCGACCACAAUCCAGUCUACUUCACAGUGCUACAUCCUAAGGACGAGCGCCAUUUUUCCAUCUACCAAACCGAUAGAAGGAGCAGCAUCGUUGGUGUCGUCUUUGUCGUUAUCGUCGUGCGUAAGACGUGAGACUGCCGCCGCCGCCUGCCGGCAGCCUGCCACAAGUCACGGCGUCCUCCGCGGGUUGGGCCCGCCGUGGCCGGCCGCCCUUGCAGGUAUUUAUACUCGGUGAGGGUGGAGAAGAGGUCUUGCUACAAGUCGACGGCUAUGGUUGGGAAUGUGGCCAAGGUUGGCGAUGGGAAAGAAGGCGAAGUGGUCGUCGGAGCUAUAAAAUUGUUGCAGAACAACAGCGCACUUGUCCCUAGCUCUGGGGGGAUGGUUUGUAGCACAAUGAAUAUGUGAAACGAGAUGGCGGCAAAUUUCCAGGUGUACGAAACAUGCUUCCACAAAUAAAGGAUUAGUGAGUAGGUUCCUCCAAGACCUCGGCCCAUGACUGUCAGAAAUGAUCUAAAUGAUCUCCAGCUGGAAUCAACAUCAAGAACUACUAUCUCGAUGCAGCAGCCUGUCACCUCUAUCUACCAAAACCCACCCACAAGAAAAACGAUCAUACAAGGAGAGAACAGUACCGCCUUUUCUUUAGACGGGAAAAAUGAACAACAGCCUAAGAAUAGCUCUAUAACAGGGCACAAGGGAGGGAGGGGGCUCUUGUCUUCUCAAGAUUCGGUCGCAGUAACCUAGAACGAUCGAAUCAUCUGAGUUCUAUUGAGAAUCACG